GCUGCCGCCGCCGAGCGCGCCGGGAGCCGCCAUGAGCCGCGCCAAGUUCAUCGAUAUUGGUAUUAACCUGACAGAUCCUAUGUUCAGAGGAAUCUACAGGGGGACACAGAAACAUCAAGAUGACUUUCUGGAUGUAAUAGAGAGAGCAGUCAAAGUUGGCAUUAAAAAGUUUUUGAUUACAGGUGGGAGUCUAGAAGAUAGUAAAGAUGCAUUGCAGCUGGCACAGACAAAUGACAUGUUUUUCAGUACAGUUGGCUGUCAUCCUACACGCUGUGGAGAAUUUGAGCAGAGUAACCCUGAACAGUAUUUAUCUGAAUUAAAAAAUCUGAUUGAAAAAAAUAAGACAAAGGUAGUAGCAGUUGGAGAAUGUGGCUUAGAUUUCGAUAGAUUAGAAUUUUGCCCAAAGGACAUCCAACUCAAGUAUUUUGAAAAACAAUUUGACUUGUCAGAGCAGAUGCAGCUGCCCAUGUUUCUGCACUGUAGAAACUCACAUGCUGAAUUUUUAGAUAUAAUGAGAAGAAACAGAGAUAGAGUUGUAGGAGGGGUGGUGCAUUCUUUUGAUGGCACAAAGGAACAAGCAGCAGCUCUAAUAGAUUUGGAUCUUUAUAUUGGAAUAAAUGGCUGUUCACUGAAAACAGAAGCCAACUUGGAAACACUGAAAUCAAUUCCUAGUGAACGAUUAAUGAUAGAGACUGAUGCACCUUGGUGUGGAGUGAAAAAUACUCAUGCUGGAUCAAAAUACGUUAAAACUACAUUUCCUACAAAAAAAAAAUGGGAAAAAGGGCACUGCUUGAAGGACAGAAAUGAACCCUGCCAUAUAAUUCAAAUACUGGAAAUAAUGGCGGCAGUAAGAGAAGAUGACCCACUUGAGUUGGCCAAUACUCUAUAUAACAACACCAUUAAAGUCUUCUUUCCAAAUAUGUAAAGUUGUUUUUCUUACGUUUAUUCAGCAUAACUUCAGUAAAGAUAUUGCAAAAAUUUAAAAAUCAUCAUUCCUGCUAGUUCUAAUCAAUGGAAGCCAAUGUGUAGUGGGUUUGGGGUUUUUUAUGGUACAAGAUUAAAGCUGCUUUUGAAAAGGUG